AUGCAUCCAAGUUCGGAAACUUCCAAUCAUAGAACUAUUGAAAGUACAGCCCUAUUCUGUCAGAAAACUCAUACUCAGGGGAGUGGUAACUUUGGACAUCAACAAAGAGGAGUAGGUGGAGGUGGUCAACCAAAUAAAGGACACUAUGACUCUCAAUAUAAGCCACAUUUACAGAAUUCUCAGAAGGCUGUGGUGGUGUGUGAAGUUUGUGGAUAUAGGGGACACACUAAGGAACAAUGCUUCAAGGUUAAAGGCUAUCCUGCAGGUUGGAAGUCAAAGAAGAAAGGUGCUACUUCCUAUUCCCAUAACUCCUAUGCAAAUCAAACAGAGGUCUUCCAACCUGAUGCUACCAGUUCAAAUCUCCCAGCUCCAACAGGCUUCUUCACACAAAGCCAGUACCAGCAGAUCAUGCAGAUGCUAGCAAAAGGAACUGAAAAUGCAGGGGAGCACUCAGUCAAAGCAGCCUCUACAGGUAGUAUCUUGUCUGCUUUAGUAUCCAAAUAUGUACCUAUGGAAUGGAUAGUUGAUACAGGAGCAACAGAUCACAUGACUGCUAGUCUUGAUGCACUGGACAUAAUUCAACCUGUGCCUAACUCUGAUAAGAGAGAAGUACAACUUCCCACUGGAAAUGUAACAUCUGUCUUCACACACUGGGAGAACAAAAGUGUUUGGAAACCAAAGUAUCAGCAAUGUGCUAUUUGUUCCAGACUUCAAGAUCUCUCCAAUGGACUGGUCAGGAGGAUUGGUAGAGAAGAGCAAGGUCUCUACAUCCUCAAGGAAGAUUUCAUCAACUCAGUCACAGCUGUUCAUGUUCCUUCAGCACAUCAAUCAAGUCAAAUUGAGUCCAUAUCUUUGUGGCAUAGAAGAUUAGGUCAUGCACCUAUAGAUAUAAUAAAGAAGUCCACAGGUCUUGACCUUGUACAAACAACUGUGGAUUUAUCUUGCACUGUUCACAAUCUCUUUUCUACCACUGUUAAGACCUUUAGAUCUGAUAAUGGCAGUGAGUUCUUUAGUCAUGAAUUCCAAUCUCUACUGUCCACCCUUGGGAUCCUUCAUCAGAGUACAUGUACAUAUACACCCCAACAAAAUGGUGUUGCUGAAAAGAAACACAGAACUAUCUUAGACAUGGCCAGGGCUCUCAGAAAUGUAGUGUUCAAGGAAGAUGUCUUUCCUUUCAAAGAUUUACAAACCUCCUCAAAUCCCUUUUUUCCUGUUCUCACUACUCCCACACACACUGUUGACCCCCCUUCUACAUCACCUCCUCCACCUCCUCUCUUCCCUCACUUGCCAUCAAUCCUCUUUGAUGUCUAUACUGAUGAGCCUUCACCCUCUACAGACCUUUCUCCUCAAAUCUAUGCUCUUCCCACUAGGAAGUCAUCUCGAAAAACUAAGCCUCCCCUGUGGCUUCAGGACUUUGUCACUGCCAAUCAUAGCACCUCGUCCUCAUACCCUAUCUCUGCACACUUGUCCUAUGCUCAUUUAUCUCUAGCCUAUGCCCACACUCUAGCUGUUUACUCUGCCAUUUCUGAACCUUCAUCCUACUCUGAAGCUUCUCUGGAUCCCAAGUGGAUUCAGGCUAUGCAACUUUAA